AUGAAAAACCCAGAAAAAGGGACCUUAGCAGCAUCGUCAAGUGGUGCCAGCAUAAAAAGAGGGGGUUUUAUAUAUUCUCCUUUUGGGGUGUUCAGAUGUGAUGAGGAACAUAAAUCUCACCAGAUUAAUCCCUGUUCUGGUGUUAACUUUGAAAGUGGUUCCUCUGAUAGUAAGACUAGCAGUAAUAAGGGAAUCAGUUUGUGUUCUUCACCAAAUUCAAACAACAGAAGCAGUUCCAGUAGCUGCAAAAGUAUAAGCAACAGUGAUAUGAACAAGGUUGAUACAAAUAGUGAUUGCUUGGAAUAUGAAAUUUUAUGGGAUGAUUUGACAGUUGGAGAAGAAAUAGGACAAGGUUCAUGUGGAACUGUUUGUCGUGGUCUCUGGUUUGGAUCUGUUGUAGCUGUGAAAGUGUUCUCAAAAGUAGAAUAUUCAGAAGAGGCCAUACAAUCUUUUAGACAAGAGGUAGCGUUGAUGAAAAGACUUAGACAUCCUAACGUUUUGCUGUUUAUGGGAGCUGUGACUUCACCUCAGCGUCUCUGUAUGGUGUCAGAGCUCCUUCCACGUGGAAGCCUCUUCCAGCUACUACAGAGGAAGACAUCAAAACUUGAUUGGAGGCGGCGUAUCCUUAUGGCCUUGGACAUUGCUCGUGGUAUGAAUUAUCUUCACUGCUUUAGUCCACCUAUUGUCCAUCGUGAUCUUAAGUCGUCAAAUCUACUGGUAGACAGGAACUUGACUGUUAAGGUAGCUGACUUUGGUCUUUCACGUGUCAAGCAUGAGACAUACCUAACCACCAAGUCCGGGAAGGGAACGCCUCAAUGGAUGGCACCAGAAGUUCUUAGAAAUGAGUCUGCUGAUGAGAAGUCUGAUAUUUACAGCUUUGGGGUAGUACUAUGGGAGCUUGCCACCGAAAAGAUCCCAUGGGAAACUCUCAACUCUAUGCAGGUGAUUGGAGCUGUGGGGUUCAUGAACCAGAGGCUGGAAAUUCCAAAGGACAUUGAUCCUCUUUGGAUCUCAUUAAUGGAGAGUUGUUGGCACAACGAUGCAAAGCUGAGACCUACAUUCCAAGAACUGACGGAGAGGCUAAGAGAGCUGCAAAGGAAGUAUACAAUACAGUUCCAAUCUACUCGUGCUGCCUUACCUGAGAACUAUCUCCUCAAAGGCUAAUAGAUAUGCAAAGG